AUCCAGAAACUCCUUAAGCUGAAUUCGAGGAUGAGUGCCCGGGUUUAUAAUCUCCGAAAUGCGAAAGAUGUGGCAGCAUCUUUGUCGGAUUCUGAAGAGGAGCAUUUUUCGAGGACAGUGACGAUGGAAGUUUAUUUGACAGUAUUUGAUAAUCAAGAGGCUGUAAAAAAGUGUCCUUACUUCCCGGGCCCACAAGAUAUUAAGGAAUUUUCUACGGAUAUGAACGAGAUGUUUCGAAUAACAAAGCAACGAUUCCACCACUCCAGGAACAUCCACGGGAAACCUGCAGAAACUGCGAAGACACAGGAAGACACAGGAACUGACACGAGAGGAACUUCAGGCGAGAUUGAAUCUCCUAGAAGAACAAGAUAAUUGCGAUUACGAUGGAGAUCAGGAAAUUCGCGACGGAUCGUCAGAUGGAGUAGAUUUAAGCAAUG